GACGGCGUCAGAGCGCUUUAAGGGGGGGGGGUGGUUGACGGCUUCAGGCGGGUGGCGGUGUCGGAGAGGCUGACUUCAGCUCGGAUCGCUCGUGUCUCGGGAAGCGGACUGAGGAGUGAGCGAGCACGAGGGUCGCUUUCCGGGGAGAAGGGCUGCGCCGUCUUCCGAAUCCACGUCGUCGUGAGGAGCGCAGCCCCGGACGCUUCCCCGCGACUCCCUCCGGUCUCCCCUUCCGCACGCCUCGACGCGGCGGCGGCGGCCACCGAGAGAGCACCGCACCUCCCACCCCGAACCCCUAUACCCCGCUCCACCCACCCCUGCCCGCAAGGGCCUGCUCUGCGCCCCACCCCCGCCGGCCAGUCCGCCCCGCUACGCCGCCGCCAUGUCGGCGCAGGCCCAGAUGCGCGCGAUGCUGGACCAGUUGAUGGGCACCUCUCGGGACGGAGAUACUACUCGUCAACGAAUCAAAUUCAGUGAUGACAGAGUAUGCAAGAGUCACCUUCUCAACUGUUGCCCUCAUGAUGUCCUUUCUGGAACUAGAAUGGAUCUUGGAGAAUGCCUGAAAGUCCAUGACCUGGCUUUAAGAGCAGAUUAUGAAAUUGCAUCCAAAGAACAGGACUUUUUCUUUGAGCUUGAUGCUAUGGAUCAUCUGCAGUCAUUCAUUGCAGAUUGUGAUCGAAGAACAGAAGUGGCUAAGAAAAGAUUAGCAGAAACUCAGGAAGAGAUUAGUGCUGAAGUGGCAGCAAAGGCAGAACGUGUUCAUGAAUUAAAUGAAGAAAUUGGUAAAUUGUUGGCCAAGGUAGAACAACUCGGAGCUGAAGGGAAUGUGGAAGAAUCUCAGAAAGUAAUGGAUGAAGUAGAAAAAGCACGGGCAAAGAAAAGAGAAGCAGAGGAAGUUUAUCGGAAUUCUAUGCCAGCUUCCAGCUUCCAGCAGCAGAAACUUCGGGUCUGUGAAGUCUGCUCCGCCUAUUUAGGUCUUCAUGAUAACGACAGACGACUGGCUGAUCACUUUGGGGGUAAACUGCACCUGGGAUUUAUUGAAAUAAGAGAGAAGCUUGAGGAAUUAAAGAGAGUUGUAGCUGAAAAGCAGGAGAAAAGAAACCAGGAGCGCCUGAAACGAAGAGAAGAGAGAGAGAGAGAAGAACGUGAGAAACUAAGGAGGUCCCGAUCACAUAGCAAGAAUCCCAAAAGGUCUAGAUCCAGAGAGCAUCGUAGACACCGGUCUCGCUCUAUGUCACGAGAACGCAAGAGGAGGACUCGAUCCAAGUCUAGGGAGAAACGCCAUCGCCACAGGUCUCGUUCCAGCAGCCGUAGUCGCAGCCGCAGCCACCAGAGAAGUCGGCACAGUUCUAGAGAUAGAAGCAGAGAGCGAUCCAAGAGGAGAUCCUCAAAAGAAAGAUUCAGAGACCAAGACUUAGCAUCACGUGACAGAGACAGGAGUUCAAGAGACAGAUCACCUCGUGACCGAGAUCGAAAAGAUAAGAAGCGGUCCUAUGAGAGUGCUAAUGGCAGAUCAGAAGACAGGAGGAGCUCUGAAGAGCGUGAAGCAGGGGAGAUCUAAUUAGCUGUGUAUAUAUAUAUAUAUACACAUAUAUAUAUGUAUACGUGUGUAUAUAUAUAUGUAUAUAUAUAUAUAUCUUCAAUCCUCAAGCUUCCUAUGAAGUUACAUGCUAUUGUUUAGUUUACAGCUGUUCAGGGUGACAGUGAACAGUCCCAGACACAGAUCCAGCCAGGCUAGAUGUAUAGUAUCUAAUGAUUUGAACUGAACCUGUUUUCCUUGAUAAUGCCUAAAACUACAUCCAUAGUUUCUGGUGAACCUGUAAUACCGUUCUGAACAUCCAGUUUUAUAUAAUAAGAUGCUGAUCUCUAUUCUUUCAAGUAGGAGUGAUAGUGAAUGAAUUGUGUCACUUGCCUUGCAGUUUAUGAACAUUUGUAAAAUGCUGUCUUCCUUUCUACUUCAAUCAGCAGCAGCUUUGGGAGUUUUUCUUUUUAACUCUUCUUCCUCUUGACUUUUGUAUCCCCUAAUACCUGCACCUCCAACUGUAGGUAAAGGGGCAGGGAAGCAAUAUAACUUCUGUUGUAAGGUUCUAUUCUGACUAAUUACUAGUUGAUUACAGUUCAGAGUGUUUAUACCGGAAUGUGUGCUGGAGAACUUAAAAUACAGGGGUGUUUUUAUUUGAUGGUGCCUAUUUAGAAUUGGGAGUUGAACAGCUGUUGCAUUACAUACUCUUGCUUUUUAUUGAAAUUUUGAAAUCAGAUGUCUUGAUUUUUUUUUUCUGUUUUAUUAAAUUGCUACAUUCAGGAUGUUCUGAGGGGGGUGGGGGCAGGGACUGUUUCAUAAUAAGCACUUGUUUUAUUUUGUGUAUGUGGAGUAUAAAGGCUACACCCUCACUGUAAAAAAUAAUAAAAUGAAAGAAACAAUUACCACCACCAUCAUCAAACUGUAACUUGUCUAGUAUAUUGUCACCAGAACUAUUUGCUGUGGGUAUUUCCUCUAUUCUGUAACAUCAUUGACAGUGCCUUACUGUACAAGGCACCAAGGAAGUGAGUAUAUACUUGCAUAUUCCAGAUGAACUGUUGCUUCUGGGUCCCUUGCUGACUAUACUCCACUAUUUCAGAGCUGUCUUUUAACAGCUUCUGUAGAGAAGAACUGGACCUGCAGAAGCCACUGAGAGUUUCUUGUUUGUAUUUCUUGACAAGCCUGAAUAAAAACAAUAUGUAACCAA